AGUUUUCGCGCUACCUGUUACGAAGCCCCUCGACUGCUGAUACAAAACACGUGUCUGCGGAUGAAUUUUAAGCGUGAGUAGUUUCAAUUUUCUCGUCAAGUUGAGCGAGUGGAUGCGGGCGUGUGCGCGCGCGCGCGCGCCAACUGUUUACGCGAGACGCGAUCUACAAGUUUAGGCGUUCUCGUGUCAAAGGGAAAGCGGCGCAGUGGUAGCCGCACUAGCCGCCGCCGAGCGGGCUGAGCGAGCGAGCGAGCUGUGAAGCGGCGCGGCGCGGGGCGGCCAUUUUAUGUUGGUAUGACGUAGAGGCUGGGUGUAGCUUAGCGUUCUUAUUGUCGGUCGUGCGUGAGGAAAAAAUUACCCGAUCGUUGUCUGGUAAGUAUCCGGAAGCUCGAUGGUACCGAACGAUUGCCCGCGAGUGAUGUGAACUCCGCGUUCUCGCGGAUAGCCGUGUGUAACGUGUUACGCGUGGAAGUGAGAGCGCUGGACAGCUUCGGCGAGCUGACUGCUGCGAGAGAAAGAGAGAGGGAGGAGUACGAUUGAGAGACGGAAAGAGUAAGAGAGAGAGAGAGAGGGGAAAGUGUGCGCAAACGAGCGAAACGAUCGAACGAACGAGACAACGAGAGCUUCUAGUGUCGAGAGCUAGCGAGCGAAAAGUGAAAGUGCGUUUGCCGCGACGGUGCGCGGCGGCGGUGGCGGCGGCGGUGGUCGGCGGCGGCAACGGCGGUAACAGCAGCGGUAGCGGCGAGGACGAGAACGACCACGACGUCGACAACGACGGCGGCGACAGCGGCAGCGGCGGCGGUGGUGGCAGUGAUAGUGGUGGUGCGUCCGUAACAGCGCGUGCGAACAUGAGCGAGGAAAGUAAUCCACGUACGCUGUACGUGGGCAAUCUGGACACCACGGUGUCCGAGGACCUUCUGUGCGCGCUCUUCUCGCAGAUCGGCGCCGUGAAGGGAUGCAAGAUUAUCCGCGAGCCCGGCAACGAUCCGUACGCUUUCGUCGAGUUCACGAAUCAUCAGUGCGCGGCCACGGCAUUGGCCGCCAUGAACAAGCGCUCCUUCCUCGAGAAGGAGAUGAAGGUUAACUGGGCGACCAGCCCGGGCAAUCAGCCCAAACUCGACACCAGCAACCACCAUCACAUAUUCGUCGGCGAUCUCUCGCCGGAGAUCGAGACGCAAACGCUCAAGGAGGCUUUCGCGCCUUUCGGCGAGAUCAGUAACUGCAGGAUCGUACGGGACCCGCAGACUCUCAAGAGUAAGGGCUAUGCGUUCGUUUCCUUCGUGAAAAAGUCCGAGGCCGAGGCGGCGAUCAACGCGAUGAACGGCCAGUGGCUCGGUUCGCGCAGCAUCAGGACCAACUGGUCCACUAGGAAACCGCCACCACCGAGGUCCGAGAGGCCGCGUCACUCCAACAAUAGUAAACCCAACUACGAGGAGGUAUAUAACCAAAGUAGUCCAACCAACUGUACAGUGUACUGUGGCGGCUUUACGAACGGUAUCACGGAUGAGCUGAUAAAGAAAACGUUUUCCCCUUUUGGCACUAUUCAAGAUAUAAGAGUGUUCAAAGACAAGGGAUAUGCUUUUAUCAAGUUUACAACCAAGGAAGCUGCUACACAUGCCAUCGAAUCGACGCAUAAUACAGAAAUUAAUGGUAGCAUUGUUAAAUGUUUUUGGGGAAAAGAAAAUGGUGAUCCAAACAGUGUGGGUCCUAAUGCUAAUCACCAAGCUCAACAGGUGACAGCAGGAGCAGGACAAUACCCAUAUGGUUAUGGGCAACAGAUGAGUUAUUGGUAUCCACAAGGCUAUCCGCAGAUGCAGGGCCAGUUCUUGCAGCCUGCUCAAUACUAUGGUCAAUAUUAUGGACAGCAGGCUCAGUAUAUGAACAGCAUGAGGAUGCCCACUCCAGGCGCGGGAGCCUGGCAACCGACGCAAGCCACCGCGGCACCUCCGACAGCGAGUGCGCCCUUGCCACCGGGCCAACAGCCCACUAUGGUAACAUACACCAUGCCACAUCAGUACCCUACGCAAUGAAACUGAUUUAUUGAUACCGGCUAAUUGUUACGAUAUAGUUGUCCCGGGGUUCGCGCGAAAAUCGUCCCGACAUAUACCUGUUUCAACAUUAACAUUCGAGCUAAUGCCAAUACAACAAAACUAAUCGUUUCUAAUUGAGAUCUGAUUUCGCUCAUUAAAUAAAUCGAAUCUGUAAUAGGACAAAAAGAAUAAUGGAUAAUGUGUAAUUGGUAUGAGUGUUUCCUUUCUAUUUUCUUUUUUUUUCCUCUUUCACACAAUCAAUUCCUUCAAUAACUAAGAAACGUUAUUUUCUUUUCUACUUUUCCAUCAUAGAUGCGCGUAACGUCACUUUGUAACAUACAUAAAUCUGACAUAAUGAGGAUAGAUUGCAAAGCAUCGCUGCGCGGUCUAGAAUUCGAUCAGAUUUCAUGAUUUUGCUUGGGCAUGCGACAUUGAAGCAGGUAUAUCUCCAAACUUUUUCUCGCGAUCCCCGAAAUUCAACCGAGCCCCGCACCCAUUGUGCUGCGCAAGUGACGUACGUAUGCGGCAAUUUUUGCGUUGUUGAUACCUUUUUAAUAUUUUUGCCACUGAUAUCUCGACUCUCACUUCCUCUUCAAUCUCGGAUCGUCGAUGAAUAACGCGCGCGCGGCAAAUGUUGAUUUGAGAUAAAUUUGGAGAGUACUGCUAAUAUUGGACAUAGUUAGUAAGGUAGAAGAGCGAUUAGCUAGACACACGGCGCCUGUGAUGUAGCUAGACUUUUGGACGCGUGUAUGCUAAGGCGUGCGGGGCUCCCUAAGAAAUAAAUUCUGCGAGAGUUGAGUAACGAGUUACAAUUUUAUCUCGUUGUGUGAUAUUUAUCGUCGGUGGUUAAUGUAUAAAAUUUUGCUAUGAUUCUCUUCAAAGAAGAAUAAUGGAAGAGAGAGAAUGUGUAUGUAUGUACGUGUGUAAAACGCGCGCGCGCGUGUAUGUAAGUUUUGCUAAAGACAUCAGUGAAUCGAGAUUCCCUUGUACGAGUGUAAGCUCAAAUACGUUAAUUGCUGCGACGUUGUACGUUAAAUGGUGCAUCGGCUCGCACUCUCUUCGUAUAUUUUGGUCUGUUACCAUGUUUUAGGUGUAUUUCGAACAUUAUACUCCAUCUGCAAAUGAGUAAAGAUCGCGAUGUACACGGUGCGUUUACCGGGGAGGUUUUUUUUCUUUUAACGAGAAUACUUUUUCUCGUUAAAAUUUUGAGAAAAAGAAUAAACGUGGGAAUUAAUCGCCGUGUUAAAGGUGCGACGAGUAUAGUUAAUGACCCGAAUAGAUAUCGGUAAUGACGUACUUGGUCGUAUAUCAACAUAAUGUUAAUGACUUUUCGCCGUUUGUAUAAACAGAUUUGGUUGGCUAGGUCGGACAACCGAAAAAUAAUAAAUGUAAUUUAAGUCUUACAAUAAUAAUAAACGCACGCAUACUUCCAUCGGGAUAUUUCUCAUCAAGGGACGAGUCAUUGAUAUCUUGGUCUCGAGAUUAAGACACAUGCAUGAAAAUUGAAAACAUAUAUUUGGUUACUUGUUACGCGGAUGUCGGUAAUUGGUAUCUUGCAACAUAGCGUGGAUUCGAUUGACAAUCAAUCAUGAUGUAAUAUACAUAUGUUUGCGAAUUAUUAUCGUAGUCUGUCUGUAUAUGACACGAUUCGAUUCCUUCGUGUCUUCCAAGUUAACGCGUAACGAAAGUUCGCGUAGCACAAUUAAUAGUGUAUAGUGUUGCUUUCUCGUUCUCUUCGGUAUCCUCGCUAAUCUUUUAGGGCUCGGGCGAUUAGCCUCUCAAGCUACCGAUCGAGGAAAACUUGCGUUGUAUUUGGAUACGUUACAAUCAAAUCGGGACGAAUCAGGAAUCUUACUGUGAAAAUAAUUGUGUCAAAUAGUACAGUAAAUAUAUCUCACAGAUGGACAUCGCGUCCAUCGUUCUCUCUUCCAAUUUCAAUUGAGUAUUGUACAGAAUAUUGUACAGAAUCGACUGUCUCAGUCUUAUUUGGCAAUUACAAUUUGAAACUAAAAAAAUUUUAUUAUGAAUUAGUUACAUAAUGCUGUAUCUCGGUGCUUUAGUGCUCUAAACACACGAGCCCUAUUAAUUACACGAUUGUUUUCUAUGAUACAACUUUUGUUUUAUCAGAUUUGUACGCGUGAUUGCGUCGCGUCGCGUCGUGUCCCGUCCGUUGCAUUCUUCUCAAAUUGAGUUGAGGUAUCUACCGUUCCGACGAAAUAAUAAAUAUCCCUGUUUGAACAAGAUGAUGGAGUACUAUUUCAUUUUGUAUUGCGGAAGUUCGUAAAAAGGAUCGAAAUGGAUUAUUUCCAACGAUGUUUGACAUGUGCGAAUGCUUAUCAUCUCAGUUCACCACCGACGGUAAAAUGCCAUAAAAAAAUUUCAAAACCAAUUUGUAUAAAGUCAGUAUAUAAUAAACGAGGGAAAUUGAUGAAGCCGGGCGUGGUAAUGAUUCGAUUGGCUGCGAUAAAACGAUAUCGGACGAAAAGCCAAUUCAAGGAAAAACGGAGUUGCCUGCGAUGUAAUCGGUAGAAAAAUCGUAAGAGAGGAAACAAAAGAUGUUAUAUAAAGAAUAAUUUAGGUACGGCAGGGUGUCGAACCCUCGAAGAUGCUUAGGAUAAUGUUAUCUUAUAAUAAAAACAAAUUGUCCUUUUGAAUGAAAAAAAAAAGGAAUAAAUAUUUAAAAUACA